UUUUGGUAGUAGUAUUAGUAGGUGUUUAGCCGCUUCCGCACUGCAGCAGACUACACUUGCAUCACGGAUAGUAGAGUGAUACAAUGUACUGAUAGUGAUAGGGGCUGGCCACGGUACUCGUAGUCGUAGGACUACUGUUGUAAUGUAGGGGACUGCCGCUGAGAGAUGAUAAUCGAAUCACUCUUACCCGAGAGUCUUGCCAAGUCUUGCCAAGUCUUGCAGAACUAACAGUAAACAUGAUGCAAAGCGCAGUGACGAGUCUGACGACUUUUUUUGGUUGUUAGUCGGACACCAGUGCAGUGCAGUCAGUGCAUGCAGUAGAUCUGUUCAGGCUGAACACAUGUAGUUGCGGAACAGUAGAUCUACUGUCUGCGAGUGUGGCAGUGUCACUGUCAGACACCGUGUGUCAACGGCACCACGUCCGCCACCAGGUAACAUGCUUACUAUCUGCAUGCAGAGUUUUGCAGAGUCUUGCAGAGUCUUGUAGUUUUAGUAAUAAGUUCGAUUCUACCCUAGCACCAGAGUAUUAGUAGGUCUACUGUCUGGUAGAUCUACUUACAUUAUUGUAGAAACUGUUGUAGUUUGACACUGACUCGACUCGGAGCUAGCAGCGGGGAGUCGUAACUCGUAGAUGUACAAACUCUUCAGUGCUGUCCACAGUCACAGACCUCGCAACUACACCGUCGUAAGCUGACUGACGGUGAAGCCACUUGUGAACGCGUCGUCUACGCAGCUAGCUAGCUGCCUGGCUUGACGGUUGACCGUUCACGUUGUUGACGUGACGAGAAGUCACGGAGCGGAAACUUUCGAAGCCAACAUGAUCUUAUUCCCUUCUUGCUGGUGAAAAGCGUUCCUGCCGCCGCUGCUAUGCGGCGGUUCCCAAUCAACAUCUUGUAUCCGUCCUGGAAGCUGUACUUCAUCACGCUACUUAUGUGUGCGCUGCUGCUGGCUUUCGGUGUGGAGGUAGUGCUGCGUGUCUACCAAGUCGAGGGCCUACACGUUCAUCAGGUGUUGAAACCGGCUCUCGCUUAUGUACGCUUCAACCAGCCAUGUUAUCCCACCAAUCAGGCAUUUCGCUUGCAAGAGCUCGUCCGCAACACUAAGAACUUUGCAGCGGUUGCAGAUGAGGUUGGCCUGCGGUAUUGGCUGGACUAUGGCACCUUGUUGGCAGCGUAUCGCUCAGGUCGCAUCAUACCCUGGGACCACGACGCCGACAUGGGGGCCAUGCAGAUUGAGUUUAUGGCAAAGUUUAACGAACUCAAGCGGCUGCUGGCCAAGCGUGGUGAUGUCCUAUACUAUGGCGGUGCGUGCCGUUAUUUCAUUCGCCGGGCCGUUGUGCCAGAAGAAGCCCGUGGUGAGAUCAUUCGAGCCGAGGUCGUACUCCACGUACCCAUUGUCAAUUUGGGACAGGACAAUGAUCAGCUCAUCACUCGUUGCGAAGUGCCAGAUAUAUUCCGUUACACAUUUCCUAGGCGAUACAUUGACACUAUGACAACGGUAACAUUUGAAGGAGUGGAUAUGACAGCACCGAAUCCUGUCAAGGAGUUUCUUGCCGUAUACCGCUACCCGAACUCCUACUGGCUUCCUGUACCGUACCGUAUCAAUUGCUAUUUCGAAUCUAUGUAUUAUUUUUCGUUCUUGGUGCUGUUCGUGGCAGUACUCAGCGUUGUGGGCAUUCUCUAUUUCUGCGCCAUGUUGCAUUGCCUGGCACGCCGCGUGACUUUGCCCACUGUAAGGUCCGGGCAACUAUGUCGUGUCCCCACAAAUUUAGCAAGCACGUGAUGUUGCCGACAGCAGGAUUGAUUGCCGAUGUCCACGCUCUCCCGUCGUGGUGAGUAUUGGCGGAUGGUGUUUUUUUGUCACCGUGCAGGGCUGGUGGUCAUGCCACGUUUCCACUGCAUUUCGAUGUACAGUCAUGCACAGUGGAAAUUCUUCAUAUCCCCGGAUGCCCAGUAAACAGGUGUGUUCACUAUCGAGUGGGCGACAUCCAUCAGCCAACCGACCCCUUGAAUUGAUCCUAGUCUUACCACAUCAGACGGUCGAGUACGCACAUGUGGAGUGAAUUUCAAUUUAUAUAUGGAGUUCCAAACUGGAUACUUGAAUCAUCUUGCCUCUAUUUCUUCAAAGGCUUUCUUGUCCAUUACGCUUUGAGUUUAUCUACGGAGUGAAUACUUGAAA